UAUGCGCGUCCUCAGUCCAGGUUUGGCCGGACGGUGUUUUUGUGGUAAAGUAGGUCUCUCCCUCUAAGGCUAGAUUGCAGCUACACACUGAACAGUUUUGUGUGUUGUCAUUCGUUGGAAUUUCAUAAUGGAAGUAGUUUAAAGUUCCCAGAAAUGGGUCCUGGAUAAGGGAAGAACAUUCCAGAAACGCCGUGGACUACGGGGUUUCGAUUCCGGGGAAGCAGCGCAGCGGCCCGUGGCCGUGAAGGAGCUUAGCAACCGGUAGUAGCCGGAGGAGUCGCUGACCAUUGUGUUUCAGGAGCGGAUUUCUCACCGUACUGAAGCCCCGCCCCCACCCCCCGUAGCCUUCCUGAUUCUGUUCUGGGAGAGUUCCGACCAGUAUCAUCGCCAAGAUAGCCGGGCCAGGCAGGAAGAGGCACACCUCAGAUCCAGACCCCAGCAGUGAUAGUGAUUCUGGCGACGGACGGCCUGCUAGUGCCAAGUGCCUGAAGAUGGCCAGCAGCGGUGGGACCGGCAUGGCUGGAGCCGAGACAGCGGGCCGUCGCGGUGGGGCUCAGCAGAGAGCAGGCAGUGGCAGGGACGGCUGCUCGGACCUGUCCUCUAGUACCAGUAAGAAAAAGCAGAAGGACAGAGCCAACCAGGAGAGCAGAGAGGCCAAGAGGGCAGCUGCAGCCGCUGCAGCAGUAGUAGAUGGGGUCAUCGCAGAAGUCAAGAAAGAUGUGUUUGUGGACUGGAAGCAGAAUGUUAAUGAAGUUACUGUCAGGCUGCGCUGUGGGGAGGGGGUGCAGAGGAUAGAGGACAUCAACACCACUUUCACCGAUACACACUGCCACGUGUGCUUCCCUGAUGGACGACAGUGGAGCUGCCAGUUGCAGGAGGAAAUUGAGGCCUCAUGUAGCAGAGUCCAGUACAAGGAGAAGGGAGGUUUCCUGCAUGUCAUCAUGCACAAGAAGAUUCCCUUUCAUAUCUGGCCAUCGCUUAAGUCAAACAAGAAGGAGAAGGAGGCAGCACCUACCGAGACCAAAAAUGACAAGGAGCUGAAGAUAAUGCCUGUCGCCUUGGAGUCAUCAGAGACACACAAACUGUCCUCCCUGCAGCCACAACUUCAUCCCUUACCUCCCUCCUUGCCUGCUCACAGCGAAUCAAGACUUGACGGGGGGAAAACUGAGCGGGGUGUCAAGCGCUGCAUGAAAAGCAAACCGGCUUGUGACACUGUGGACACUGUAGGGGUGAAUAGUGAAGCAGGAGAUGGCUCAGCCACCACCAACAAGCCUGUGGCCAUCACGAGAGGUGAGCAGCAGCCUCAGGAACCCAGUGCGAAGCGCACCAUCGUACACCAACCCAAGACCACUAACAAGGCCACAGCAUCUGCUGACAAUGGCGCACAAUCCAUCAAGUCUGAUGGUAACGCUCCACACACACACCUGCCCGCUGGUCGGAGCCCACAGACACAACGCAGGGUUGAAGAUAACAGAGCAGAGAGACUCGGGGAUGGUCACGAGCAGAAAGCUCGAGCUGCUGUCGCGGCUCCCAGCCAUACCAACAAAACUCAGGUGGAGGAGGAACGAAAUCAGUCGUCAGACAGGUCUGGAGCAACAUCACAUGGCCAUGAAAACCAACCAGCAGCUCCUGUCAGCAACAGUGACUCUGUAAAGCCUGUCUCCUUCAACAAUGAAGUGGAACCUGAGCAAAAGCCAGAGAAAAGUCCUGUUGAGCAGGAAUCAGAGCAGGGAACUCCGAUCCGCCUGCAGCUCGGAUCAAGAGAGACGGAACCCCUACCAACUGUUGGCAUGGCUGCCAAACGAGACCUUUCCCCUGGUGGUGCCCAGAGGCAGGGCAGCUGUGAAGGAGAGGAGAAGAGGGAUCAGUCAAAGGAGGAGCCCUCGCUGGAAAUUAAGAAACAGGAAGCCCCAGAACCAAUGGUUAACCUCCAAAUUGUGAAGAGCGAUUCAUAUGAGAAGGGCACCGAUCUGAUGGUGGUUAAUGUCUACAUGAAGGGAAUCUGCAGGGAAACAGCCAAGGUCAUCUUCAGGGAACAGGACUUCACGCUCAUCUUCCAGACAUGUGAUGCUAAUUUUCUGCGGCUUAAUUCCGAUUGGGAGGCCAACACAGUUUUCAAGUGGCAAGUCAAACUCAGGAACCUAAUCCAGCCUGAGCUGUGCAGCUACUCGUUCACCCCGUCCCGGCUGGACAUCACUCUGAAGAAGAGACACAGCCAGCGCUGGGGGGGUCUGGAGGCCCCUGCACCACAAGGUGCAGUGGGUGGCGCCAAAGUUGCUGUGCCAUCCAGCCCGGCCUGCAUGGAGAAAAGCCAGCCAGGCAGUAGCCAGCACAGCCUCCCAGCCAAGGAGGAGCCACCGAGAGUCGGGGAGGAGAAACCCAAGGCCUCCUCCAGAGUGGAGGAGGGGGGUCUGGAUAACGUGGCUCCUCGAACAGUCUCUGAGCAUGUUGCUAUUACCAAGCCAGAGCCCACGGUUACUUCGCCCAAGCCUACCUGCAUGGUGCAGCCUAUGACACAUGCACCUCCUGCUAGCAAAGAGCGGCAUGAGGAAGAGGAGGAGAAGAAGGUGUGCCUUCCUGGUUUUACAGGACUGGUCAACCUUGGCAACACCUGCUUCAUGAACAGUGUUAUCCAAUCCCUAUCCAACACCAGAGAACUCAGGGAUUACUUCCAUGAUCGAGGAUUUGAGGCUGAAAUCAACUGCAGUAAUCCGCUGGGAACAGGAGGCAGGCUAGCCAUCGGCUUUGCAGUGCUGCUCAGGGCCCUUUGGAAAGGAACACAUCAUGCCUUCCAACCCUCAAAGCUCAAGGCGAUUGUGGCCAGCAAAGCCAGUCAGUUUACGGGUUACGCCCAGCACGACGCUCAGGAGUUCAUGGCUUUCUUGCUGGAUGGGCUCCACGAGGACUUGAACCGCAUUCAGAAUAAACCAUAUACAGAGACGGUCGACUCGGACGGACGUCUGGAUGAAAUGGUGGCAGAGGAGGCAUGGCAGAGGCACAAGAUGAGGAACGACUCCUUUAUCGUUGAUCUUUUCCAAGGCCAGUUCAAAUCCAAGCUGGUUUGCCCCACAUGCUCCAAGGUGUCAAUCACCUUUGACCCCUUCCUCUACCUCCCAGUCCCAUUGCCACAGAAACAAAAGGUGCUGUCCGUUUUCUACUUUGCUAAGGAACCACAUAAAAAACCUAUCAAGUUUUUGGUUAGUGUGAGCAAGGAGAACUCCAGCACUUUUGAAGUCCUGGAAUCCAUAUCCAGGAGCGUGAGGGUCAAACCAGAGAACCUGAGACUGGCAGAGGUUGGGAAGAACCGCUUCCACCGCAUGUUCCUGCCGUCCCAUUCUCUGGACACGGUGUCCUCCUCUGACACACUGUUCUGCUUUGAGGUGCUAUCCAAAGACCUGGCCAAAGAGAGAGUGGUUUUGCUCAGAGUACAACAGAAACUCCAGGUCCCUAAUAUCCCCAUCUCAAAGUGUGCUGCCUGCCUGAAGCCGCCAGUUUGUGAGGAGGACAAACUGAAACGCUGCACUCGCUGCUAUCGUGUAGGCUACUGCAAUCAAGUAUGUCAGAGAACCCACUGGCCCAAUCACAAGGGUCUCUGUCGACCCAACACGGAAUAUGUGGGCCUGCCCUUCCUGGCCAGCGUGCCAGAGUCUCGACUCUCCUACGCCCGCCUCACUCAGCUUCUAGAGGGCUACUCCAGAUUUUCCAUCAACGUGUUUCAGCCUCCUUUCCAGUCAGGCAGGACAUCCCCUGAGUCAUCCCAGUGCCGAGCAGACCUCCACCCAGUGCCAGCAGCCUCAUCUGAUGGUGUUGGAUCAGGGGAUGAAGCCAUGGGUGGGAGCAGUCCUGUAGGAGCAGGUGACAUGGAGCUGGAGAGCCCCUCUCUGCUGCCUGAGCAGGCAGAGUGCGGUCUUGUCUCAGCCCCCCACUCUGUGGAGGCAGUGUCCGUCUCGUCCUCCCAGACUUCUCUCUCCACCACGCGAACCUCAGAUUCAGGAUUCUCUGAGCCAGUCACUACAAAUUCCUGCUGCUCUCUGGACCCUCACGCUGAAAAAGAGACGUCAUGUGAGAAGGCCAUCCGGCCAGAAGCUGCAGUAACCGGGUACCAGCAACCAAGUGAGACAGCAUCAGGUCAUGCCAGUCAGUUCUACAUCUCUCUGCUGGACUCAAACAACAAAGAACAGAGGCUGGAUGAGAACGAAGACUUGCUCGCUGACCUCCCUGAAGACGUGACCUUGGAGCUGGUAUGGAAAAACAACGAACGCCUGAAGGAGUACGUGCUGGUGAGCUCUAAGGAGCUGGACUACGAGGAGGACCCUGGCUCUCUGAGUGAGACAGCCAGAGCUGGACACUUCACCCUGGAGCAGUGCCUUAACCUCUUUACCAAGCCUGAGGUGCUGGCACCAGAAGAGGCAUGGUAUUGUCCAAAAUGCCAGCAGCACCGUGAGGCCUCCAAACAGCUGCUGCUGUGGCGUCUGCCCAACGUUCUGAUCAUCCAGCUCAAACGCUUCUCCUUCAGGAGCUUCAUCUGGAGGGAUAAGAUCAAUGACAUGGUGGACUUCCCCGUCAGGAAUCUGGACCUGAGUAAGUUCUGCAUAGGCCAGAAGGAUGAGAUGCAACAACCUCCUAUCUAUGACUUGUAUGCAGUCAUCAACCACUACGGUGGAAUGAUAGGUGGCCACUACACAGCCUACGCUCGCCUGCCAAGCGACAAGAACAGCCAGCGCAGUGAUGUUGGCUGGCGUCUGUUUGAUGACAGCACUGUGACAAUGGUGGAGGAGAGCCAGGUGGUAACACGCUACGCCUACGUCCUGUUCUACCGGCGACGCAACUCCCCUGUUGAGAGGCCACCACGGUUCCACCGGCCUGUAGGAGCCGAGUCGCCCACCGCUGCAGGAGCUACUGCCAGCCAGGCCUCUCUGAUAUGGCGGGAACUGGAGCAGGAAGAGGAGGGGCUUGACGAAGGCCCUCGCAGACUGUUCCGCUCUGCGCUGUGGAGGCCGCAAAGUCAGAGGAACAGGGAGGAGGAAGAAAAGGAUAGAACAGAGGAGCCGGUACGACGGCACCGUGGGCAGAGGAUGUCGGAGUAUCCCGACGAUGACUGUGUGCGAUAUUUUGUUGUGGGCACGCUGACUGCAGUGCUGGCUCUGUUGGUCAAUCUACUCUACCCUCUUCUUUACAAAGGCAACUGAGCCUAAGCCGUGGCCAGUGCAGUCCCAGAUGUGAAUGUAAGGUUAGAUGUAAACUGAAAGGGAGGAAGUUAAAGCAAACAGCAAGUAAAGUGGUUCUUCAAUCUAUACAAUACUGCAAGUCAACCCUUUAAAAAACAAAUUGCCACUACUUCACACAUUAAGAGACAUUGAGGACCUGUGUAGAGUAUGGUCUGAAGAGACUCUUAUAGUUAAAUCUGCAGUAGUGUUAUUCUGUCAGCGCAUCUGGUACAUUUAUGGUAAACUUCUGGGCCUCAAUGCCCACAUCACAUUUUUAACAAUAUCUAAUAGACAAUCAGCUCAUCUACCAGCUUUAUUAAUGAACUUUAUCAUGAAUCUUUUCUUAAUUAACUUGGAAAAAAGUAGAAAAAACUGAAUAAGAUGCGGUUGAAAGCUCAGGAAAAUGUAAGUAGGUAAUUUAAGUUGCGAUUCUUAUUAUUUGUAGUAGCUAAGCUCUGUAAUUGUAUAGUUGUGUAAAAUACUUAUAGCUGAGCGUAAUCACACAUACAUUUCCUGUGCAAUAGUAAAGAUGCUCUUGAUAGGGACACAUGCAGCCACUAUUAAAGGCAAUUUAUUUUUAUUGCACAUCACUGCAGAGGAUUGUGGGUGAUUGUGAGAUGGAAAAAUGGAUUAUGUCAGAACUUCUCUCUUUUUAAAGAUGCUGUAUCAUGAAGUAAAGUGUAACUUCUAAUUUAUUUUUGACAAAUUGCAAUUUUUCUAUGUCCCUACAUAUAACAAGUUUAUUUUUCAGCCCUAAAUUUGUUGUUCAUGUCCAGACAUCAUGUUAUGAAUUACCUGUUUCACCAAUUUCUGACCUUUGAUUUAGAUUGCUCUGUGUUUUGUAUUGAAAAAACUGUUACAAUCUGUUCUUAGUGGCUUUUAUUUAGCUAUUUCAAGCAAUAGGUAGUCAAGGAUUUUAAAGUUCUCAUGAUGAAUGUGGUUUACUUGACAAUGCAGUUUGUUCACAGCCAAGAAACGAGGAGCUACCGUCCACUUCUGAAUGUAACCUUUUUACCAUACGUUGCUUUGCUUUGAGUGGUAAAGCUUCAUAGGUUUUGAUUAUAGACAUGGUUAUACCUGCCACUUAAGCUGCUUUCAGACAUGCACUGAACUGAAUGAUUUUGUGAUGUUCUCCAGAGGGGCUGUGAGAAUGCAAAUUUCAGAGUGAGAGGCGCCAGACCUUCUCCAGAGGUUUUCUUGCCAGCCCCUAAUAAAGACUCUGGAUAAUAAGCCGAUUUGAGAACACAGCAGUAAAACACCUCAGGAUUCACCACCAGUGAGUGAGUGUGUGUGUUGACGUUUCAAAAAUUGCGACCGACAGACCAAUGAAUAAAAACAAAUAUCUCAGGGUGAAAAAUAGGUGACCUACACAGAGAGGGGUUAGGGUUUGUGGUGAUAAGAGCCGGAGCGCUCACCUAAAUGCUCCGGAGACAACUGUGUUGUAUUUAAACGCGUCUUAGCAGAGAUUCUCCUGCUGUAUUGUUAUUGUGUGAAAUACAAACUGGAGAAAGUCCAGACCUAAUUAUAGAGUUCAUGUCUGAAAACGGCUUUACAAACUAUGUUAAUACUGUCUUCUUGAAAUACUCUACUGUGUGAUUGUUAACGGCUUUUGUUUUCAUUUGCAAAACCCAAAAGACCUUUCUUAUUUACAACAUACGCCAGCCUAAGAAUGUACAGGGAUUUUUUUCAGAAUGUUUUACACUUGCUUAAACCUCAAACCGUCCAUAAUUGAUGUAUUUUCUAUGCAGUCAUUGCGAUUGAGUAUUUAGGUCUCAGGGAAAUCUCAGCUCACUUCUGGUAUCUACACCGUGUAGAGCUACCUGUGUUUGCCUUAAAAGCUCAGCAUAGCACCGUCUGACUCUGUAUACUUGACUUGGUUAUAUGCAAGACUGAGGUCCAUCUUCGGCAUGUGCUUAAUAUACACUACUGUGUGGAUAAACCUGAAAGUAUGAGUCAUCCUAGAUUUUAAGAGCUUUUAGAACAUCUGUCUUUUUGUUUGAUUUCAUUGGACCUGUCUUAAUGAUAGAACUACCUAUUUAUAUACAUAUAGUCUGCUGUAUGAUGUUAAUGCAACGAAUAAUGUAUUUUAUGAGGAAAUAAUCUUGAUCUGUCUAUAAUAUACUUUUAAAUUGAUUUGUUGAUAAAAUCAUUGCGAGUAUUGUAUUUAAAAAAAAUUGUAACCCAUCUAAUUUGCCUGCAAUAAUGUAUCUAGACACCUCAUCUGAAUGCUGCUUUCGAAUACAUAAAGCAUUGUGCUCCUUUUUGGAAAUAAAAUCUCCAUCUAUU